AUGGUAGAGGAAGAAGAGCCCAACGAGUCGUAUAGCAGUAAACGCAAACACAAUGAGGAGAAGUCGUCGGAUAGAAAACACUCGCGAAAGCAUAAAUCAAGUCAUAAAUCCCGUGAAAGUGAGCCAAAAGUUAAAACAGAAUUCGAGGCCUUAUUGGGUCUCAACGAUGAGAUGAUUGUUAGGAAUAAUAGUAAAAAUAAGACCAGUUCUGCAACAAAGAAGUCGGAGACGAGUGAAAAGUACACUAAAUUAUUAUCUAAUAAUCAUUCUGUAGACAACAAAAGUCAUAUCAAAUCAGUGAAGAGCGAGAAAAUGGAUGUCGUGUCAGACAGAGAUCACAAAUCAAAGUCUAAAUCGAAAUCACAUGAAUAUAAACCGACGGCACUGGAGAUCAAACCGAAACUCCAACCGAUGGAUAUACUGUCAGAUUUGCCGACACAUGACUAUAAACCUCUGCCUAAUCGUGAGCUCAUCGACGAGAGGGUGGAAGCGGCCAAUCGUCGAAAGGCUGUGAAAACAAACGACGAGUUAAGUUAUAAAGUUCAGAGCAAAAGGGGCCGAACGGCUGUGUUUGCCGGUCAGGCCCGCGCCCGGACCUACACUCACGUCCAUAAACUGGAGGACCUGUGCAUCGGUGUGUUGACCGACAACAUCGACAAAAUCCACUACUUGGACGACGCGCCCUAUUAUCUGCUCAAACCGGUGCUCCAGAAGUGCAGUCUUAGACAAUUGACACGAAUCGAGAAAUUAAAUCCACAAAUAUUAGAGGACACCGACGAACUGUGGAAAGGCUUUUGCAACAAAGAAUACAGGGGUAAAGAGCCCGACAGCGAAGAGGACGAGUGUUGGCGCGAAUUGUACUUAAGGUGCGGCCAAGAAAGGGAUAACCGGCUUAAGAACAUCACUAAAUUUAUCUCUAAUAAACAGCAGAAAGCAUUGCCCGGUUUGUCACACAAU